AUGGAUGGUAGUACAUAUGAUCAUUUCCACCACAGACCUAACUUUCCCUUCCAACUUCUUGAAAAGAAAGACGACGAAGUUUGUUCCUCCUCCGCCACUGAUGCAUACCCAUCUCUUGCAAUCGCUACCGACACUAAUAAGACUAACCUAAAUCCUAUGGUUCGAUGCAACGCCUCCACUCUCCUAACCUCAACCGCCGCCGCUACCUCAUCCACAGAGCUUUCAAAGAAACAACUCCCUAAGAGAACUUCAACCAAAGAUCGACAUACAAAGGUUGACGGCCGUGGCCGUCGCAUCCGUAUGCCAGCGCUUUGCGCCGCCAGGGUUUUUCAACUUACUCGGGAACUAGGACACAAGUCUGACGGAGAAACCGUCGAGUGGCUACUUCAACAAGCCGAGCCUGCUGUCAUAGCAGCGACCGGCACAGGCACCAUUCCGGCGAACUUCACUUCACUCAAUAUCUCCCUCCGAAGCUCCGGGUCCAGUAUGUCGGUUCCUUCUCAGCUCCGAUCCACUUAUUUCAACCCUAAUUUUACUCUCCCACAAAGAAGAAAUCUUUUUCCGGGAAUUGGACCAGAUAGUCCAUCGUCAAACCUUUUGAAUUUUGGGUCCACGACCAUUCUAAAUCAGAUUAUACAAGCAAAAGAAGAAUUAAGAGAUAAUUCAGUGGAGUUAUCAGAGUCGCCGGAGGAGGGUAUGGGAAGGAAGCGUAGACAGCCCACGGAGCAGGAUUUAUCGUCGCUCCACCAGCAACAGAUGGGAAAUUAUCUACUUCAGUCAAACUCGGGAGCUUUGGCGGCUAGUCAUACAUCAAUACCUACAAAUUUUUGGAUGGUCGCUAAUCCUAACCAACAGCAAGCCAUGGGUGGCGACCCAGCUGUAUGGACUUUUCCAAACGUCAAUAACAGCACCUUAUACAGAGGCACCGUUUCUAGUGGGCUGCAUUUCAUGAACUUUCCGACGCCGUUGGCGCUUUUGCCAAGUCAGCAACCGGGGAUUAGCGGUGGCAGUGGUGGUGUAGGCGGAGGUGGUUACAGUGAAGGACAACUGAACAUGCUUGCUGGGUUAAACUCAUACCGGCCUAUAUACGGUCACGGGGCAUCUGAACAGCAACAGAAUGGCUCUCAUGACGGAGGCCGUGGUGGAGAUGAUCGGCAUGACACGACCAGCCACCACUCGUAG